AAUGGCAACAUGUCAUUGCUUGCGUAGUGUAUUGUUUUGGAUGUCAAGUCAAUUGCAGUUAUAUAAUAGGUCCGAAAAUUAAAGAGGUCUUUUUAUCAUGGCCAUGGUUAGUGCAAAUGUAUUUUUUCGUGAUAUCUGUAAAUUUGGUAAAUGCAUUGUCAUCCAGCAAAGAAAUGCUACUACUGCAGCUGCUGUUGAAACAAAUGUAAAAUCAUUUUCCAUUUAUCGAUGGGAUCCAGACAAUUCCAAAGAGAAACCUCGGAUGCAGAAUUAUGAUGUUGAUUUGAAUAAUUGUGGUCCCAUGGUUCUUGAUGCUUUAAUUAAAAUAAAAAAUGAGAUUGAUCCCACGCUUACAUUUCGGCGAUCCUGUCGAGAGGGUAUUUGUGGAUCUUGUGCUAUGAAUAUCGGUGGUGUGAAUACAUUAGCUUGUAUUUGCAAAAUCGACACUGACGUGAAGAAAAGCACAAAAAUAUAUCCUCUUCCCCACAUGUAUGUAGUCAAAGAUUUGGUUCCUAACAUGAAUAAUUUUUACCAGCAAUAUAAAUCUAUUCAACCUUGGCUACAGAAGAAAACCGAAGAACCGUAUGGCAAGAAGCAGAAUCUUCAAUCUAUUGAAGAUCGAAAGAAACUGGAUGGUUUGUAUGAAUGCAUUCUCUGCGCUUGCUGUUCAACGUCGUGUCCAAGUUAUUGGUGGAAUGGAGACAAGUACUUAGGACCUGCUGCAUUGAUGCAAGCUUAUCGAUGGGUGGUUGAUUCUAGAGAUGAAGCUACCGAAAAGCGGUUGGAUCAUCUGAAAGAUCCAUUUUCAGUGUACCGGUGCCACACAAUAAUGAAUUGCACCAAAACAUGCCCGAAAAGCCUAAAUCCAGGCCGUGCGAUUGGUGAACUUAAGAAAUUGCUUUCUGGGUUGUCCAAGAAAGAUACUCCUCAAAUGUCAGGUGGAGCCUAGUUUAGAAAUUUAGAAAACUUUCUUAGAUUCAAAGAAAUAGUUGUGUUUUGAAUAUAAUUUGUGAAUGCAGCAUUUAGUUUAAAUGUGAUAUCACUAUAAUGUAAGAUCUGAAAUACGCACCGGUUAAAAAAUAAAAGUGAAAUUUAAACUUUCAA